AUGCGCAUAUGUAAUGAACUAGCCCACCGGUUCAUCUCCUGCAUGGCGAUGGGGUUUUCUAGUGUCGUUUGGCUUGUAUUACGACAGAACAGGGGAGAGGACGUGUACAAAGCUGGUCUGUUUGAACAUGGAGCGAAGCGAUUGAAUGCAUAG